UGACACUGCGCGCAGAUGAAUUCAAGAAGAGAUGACGUGGAAUUCACAAUCAAGGACAGAAAUGGUAAAGAAAUUGCAACUGAUGUCAGACUAUUGCCUCAAGGAACAGUUAUUUUUGAAGAUAUCAGCAUUGAACAUUUUGAAGGAACUGUAACCAAAGUUAUCCCAAAACUACCCAGUAAAAGCCAGAAUGACCCAUUGCCAGGACACAUCAAAGUUGAUUUUGUGAUUCCUAAAGAACUUCCCUUUGGAGACAAAGAUAUGAAAUCCAAGGUGACCCUGGGGGAAGGCGACCAUGUUAGGUUUAAUAUUUCAACAGAUUAUCGUGACAAAUUAGAGCGAGCAACCAACAUAGAAGUUCUGUCAAAUACAUUUCAGUUCACUAAUGAAGCCAGAGAAAUGGGUGUGAUUGCUGCCAUGAGAGAUGGUUUUGGUUUCAUCAAGUGUGUGGAUCGUGAUGCUCGUAUGUUCUUCCACUUCAGUGAAAUUCUGGAUGGUAACCAGCUCCAUAUUGCAGAUGAAGUAGAGUUUACUGUGGUUCCUGAUAUGCUCUCUGACCAAAGAAAUCAUGCUAUUAGAAUUAAAAAACUUCCCAAGGGCACGGUUUCGUUCCACUCCCAUUCAGAACAUCGUUUUCUGGGCACUGUAGAAAAAGAAGCCACUUUUUCCAAUCCUAAAACCCCUAGCCCAAAUAAAGGCAAAGAAAAGGAGGCUGAGAAUGGUAUUAUUGCUUAUGAUGCCUGUGGGGUGAAAUUGACUAUUGUUUUUCAAGCCAAGGAUGUGGAAGGAUCUACUUCUCCUGAAAUAGGAGACAAGGUUGAAUUUAGUAUUAGUGACAAACAGGCUGGACAGCAGACUGCAACUUGUGUACGACUCUUAGGUCGUAAUUCCAACUCCAAGAGGCUCUUGGGUUAUGUGGUCACUCUGAAGGAUAAUUUUGGAUUUAUUGAAACAGCCAAUCAUGAUAAGGAAAUCUUUUUCCAUUACAGUGAGUUCUCUGGUGAUAUUGAUAGCCUGGAACUGGGGGACAUGGUCGAGUACAGCCUGUCCAAAGGCAAAGGCAACAAAGUCAGUGCAGAAAAAGUGAACAAAACACACUCAGUGAAUGGCAUUACUGAGGAAGCUGAUCCCACCAUCUACUCUGGUAAAGUCAUUCACCCCUUGAGAAGUGUUGAUCCAACACAGACUGAGUACCAAGGAAUGAUCGAGAUCGUGGAGGAAGGGGAUAUGAAAGGUGAAGUCUAUCCAUUUGGCAUAGUUGGGAUGGCCAACAAAGGGGAUUGCCUACAAAAAGGGGAGAGUAUCAAGUUCCAGUUAUGUGUCCUGGGCCGAAGUGCACAGACUAUGGCCUAUGACAUCACACCCUUGGUACGUAGGGCCACAGUGGAGUGUGUGAAAGAUCAGUUUGGCUUCAUUAACUAUGAAGUAGGAGAUAGCAAGAAGCUCUUUUUCCAUGUGAAAGUUCAGGAUGGCAUUGAGCUACUAGCUCCAAUGUUGAAGUCCCAACCCCGAGAUCCACAGAACACGGCCUUCUUUGGAAAUGGCUUGUUGCUGAUGCAAUUGGUUAAGUAA